CCGCCAGCGAGCCGCCGAAUGGCCCCGGAGCCCCGUGAGCAAGAAGACGCGUUUCCAGGAACUUUCCAGGAACCCGGUCACGUGGUGCAGAGCACCAGCGAUUUAAGGUGGACCGACGCGUGCGCGCGCGCACACACAAGGAGGCGGUAAGCAGCUUCUUAGCAGCCGCUAGACGGAGAAGAAGAAUCGAACCAGCGAAGAAGAAGCUUGCGCGGGUAGUUUGACUGUUGUGCUAACUGCUACAUAAGCUAGCAGCUGUGCUUCUGCGAAGCGUUGUCAUCACCUCGUUGAUCCAGGCUCCCAGCUGAUCCCACAGUGGGUCUCCGUGAGGCGGUCAUGGACUUCUCCAAGAGCCGAUUCCCUCACCUGAUGCAGCCAAUCAGAGAGCUCACUAAGAACUGGGAGGUGGACGUGGCGUCAGAGCUCAACGACUAUCUAGAGGAGCUGGACAACAUAACCAUCACGCUGGAUGGAGGGGAAACCCGACUGAACUUCGCCGAGGCGGCGCUGCUGAUCCAGGGCUCGGCCCACAUCUACAGCAAGAAGGUGGAGCAUCUGCACAGUCUGGUGUACCAAACCCUGGAGUUCCUCAAUGACCGGAACAACAGGAGGAACAAACCGACGUCCUCUCAGGAAAAGGACGGAGCGGCGAGCGGCUCGGACGACGAGUUCAACCUGAUCGACGUCGUCGUUUCAACAAGACCGAUGAGGUCCGAAUCCACCAUGAGUGUGCGCGUUGCUCCUCUUCUUCCAGAGUGUCUGAUUCUUCCUGAACUCUCAGAGAGGCUGAAGCUGCCACUCAUCAGUGUGGCAGGGGACAUCCUCUGUGGCCAGAAGAACUUCAUGAUGAACCGCUUUGUCCCAGGGGACCAGGGCCUGAUCCUCCUCCCUCUGGGAUCCGGGGCCUCAAGGGUCCUGCAGAAUGGAGAUCAGAACCCUGUAGACUUGGUGCAGAAGAUAGGAGAGGUAGAAGAUGAGUGUCGUGACGCCGCGGUUGGAGAUGAGGGAGAUGAUGAUCACUUCUUUGACAUUGAUCUGGACCUGGAGCCUGUGGAGCCUGUGGAGCAUGUGGAGCAUGUGGAGCAUGUGGAGCGACACCAGGUUGAGAGUGAAAGACGGCCCCUCAGACGAGUGGAGGACAGACCCCCGAGAGCAGAGCCGCCCCCUCUGUACUCGUGGCCCUCGGUGGACCCGUGGCUCCUACAAGACGCCUACGCCGUGCUGGGGGGGGACGCACCCCUGAAAGCAGCAAAGUGCUACUCGAUCCCUGAGGGUCUGGACCACGAAGGGAAGCGCAAACGGAAACCAGCUUCUCCACUGCAGGACUUCUGGAGCUGGUCUGAGAGAGCAUUUGAGCCUCUGACGCAGAAGUUAAAGAAUGGACCAUCGUGUCCAGCCCUGAACUAUAUUUAUGUGACCACGAUGGCCGACCGCCUGAAGGCCCAGAGGAUGAUCAACAAGAGAGCGGGGGUGGUGGUCUCUGACGAUGAACUGAUGAGAACCUUCCUGGAGCUGGAGGAGGAGGGGCCACAACAGCAGAGGGAGGAGCCUGUGGAUGAAGGUGAAUAUGACGAGCACAACGAACAGGAAGCGUUUCCAGACGACACACCUGUAGAACCAGACCCGAUCUCAGCAGGCGCUCAGGGAGACAACCUGAAUUAUGAAGACCUGGUGCUGCUGCGCAUGGAGCAGCUGAUGGAGAACAGUAAAGGUUGGUCUCAGGACACAGCCCUGUCCCGCAGGGUCCAGCACUGGGAGGACAAGAUACGCCCCCUACUGUUGGAGCAGGAGCAGCGCCCCGUGUUCGACAUUCAUCAAUAUGGAGAUCGGAUCGUCUCGGCGCUGCGGGACGUCGGUCAGAGGAGAUCUUUCGCCUCCAUCGUCUACGGACUAGAAUCCCAUGAGGCCAGCAAGUACCUGGUGGCUUCACUACAGCUGGCCAACGACGGCACGGUGGAGGUGGACAGCGCCGCGGGUCUGGAGGACAGUUUGGACUCGCUGAGUCUGACGCUGCUCAGCACAGAGAAGGCGAGAGACCGGCUCAAGGACAUGGCGACCUUCCCCUAAAAGCACCUCAAUAAACCUCUUUUGAUAUUU